AUGGAGAAGAGGAAGCGGGUCCUGGAGCUGCGGGACCGGCUGGACCGGACGCUGGCGAUGCCCGACCUCGCGGAGGAGGCCUCGCUCAGGGCGCUGGUCAAGAAGCAGAUCCUGGCGUCGUCCCUGUCCGGCUCCGAUCAAGGCGACAUCGAUCUCAUUGCUGAAACGCGGGCCAGAGAAGUCUCCGAGUUUCUUGAAAUGCUGAAUACUUCGAGGGAUGGGCGAUCUUCAAAGGUUCGUGGGGUGCCACAGAAGGAGUGGAAGGUGAAGCAAGAUACAGACCAAUUAAGAGUUAUGUACCGUGAGGGUCCAGAUGGGACCCCGUUUCACACCCUGCUUGCUGAAGGCUUUGCUGAUGGACCUAUUGACGUUUGUACAUGUGUGUCGUGGGAAUCAGCUCUAUACAAAAAAUGGUUUCCACAAUACAACCUUCCAACUUUUAGAAUUGAUCAGUCAGGCUGCUUGAAAAAGGUCCGAAUUGGUGAAGAGAUUUGUAUGGUCAGGGUGAAGGUUCCAUGGCCAGUUUCAGAGAGAGAGGCUCUUCUACACUAUUUUGAAUUGGAAUAUCUUAAAGAAGAUGUUGUCAUUGUGAUAAUGAAAACUUUAUCAGACUUGGAUGGCAUAGAUGUACGAACUCAUGGAUUUAGUAGGGAUGGAAUUCCUGAAGCUGGUGACACGGUUCGAAUAGAUGUGUUUGGAGGCUUUGUAUUGCAAAGGAUUACAAAAGAAAGAAGCUUUUUCAGGGCAAUAGCUAAUAUGGAUAUUAAGCUAGAUUUUGUUCCACCAUGGUUGAUCAACUUCAUAUCAAGGCAACUAAUUGGCAGUGGGCAUAAGCUGUAUCAGAAGGCAGUCAGUACUGUGGCCACUCAUGAUGAUGACUACAGGAAAGCUUUGAGAGGCCCACUCUAUGUCAGGAUCCGUGAAUACCAGGAUUCUGAUGACAAGGCAAAGGUGACCGCAGCAGAGGAAAAUGCUACUGAGGUGCCCCCUGCUAAUGCCACUAUACAAAAUCAUUUGUCACUAACAAAUACCAUAUCGAAUAGUGAGAUUGUUGAGGAGGAGACUGAACAGAACACAUCCAUCAAUGUGGAUAAUCUUCCUACUAGCCAUCCGUAUGAACCAGUUGAGCAAGCACAACAGGUCGAAAAUAAACCUUAUAUCAGUCCUGAGGUAGAGCGUGCAUUGUGCAUAUUGGACACUGCUAUUGCAGUUCUCAAAGGCGAUAAGGCUGGAAAUGUUACCACGCUACAAAAUUUGCUCAGUUAUGAUGCAACUUUGGAAGAGAGUACUGCUGAUUUGAGAACUUCACAAACAAACAUUCUUAAUGCAGACAAUCUUCUGAACGGCCAUCCUAUUACCACAGUGCCACAAGACUCCAGAGAUACCCAACAAGCACAUUCAUUGGCCAGUGAGAAAAUUAGCAAUAGUGCAGAAGACGCCAUCGACAAAAGUUCUCUGAAAAAUUCGACAGCUUCUACCGUAACAAAGACUAUGUCAAUGACAUUGCGAAGUGCAAUAAGGGUGCAUGGUGAAGAGAGCCUAGACACUAAUGGCUUCCAUCAGAAUGGUUCCGGCAACAACAAAGAGUCAAAACCGGCAAGGAAGACCAAGAGAUGGCUCUGCUGCUUAACCCCUACCACCAUUGGAUGA